UUUUAUAGAGUAUGUUAACAAAAGACAAUGUUUAAUGUUUUAAUCUAGCAUUUUCCUGAGGAAGAUUACAUUAGUGUUCACGGUCUUUAUGUUAAAGCAAACUUUGAACAUUAGAUUUCUCCAUUCUUUAGGAAAAGUAUUUCCUUUUCCGAGGUACAUCAAAGUCCUCACUACGUUUAGCUACCGAGCUCAAGAGAUUCAGAUUCGACAAUUAACGUUAACAUUAUCAUAUUGACAUGCUUAGGCUUAUUUUAAAUUAACUGUAUUAUUAAAGGUUUCAAAACCUUCGAAUAUGCGUUUUAUUUGCACGCUUUGAGCUCCUGCGAAUCAAACCAAACGGGUCUCGUGAGAACCGAAGGUAGCAUUGCUAAGCUAACGAGUAAACACACUGCAGUUCAUGUGCCAGAAGUGAACCACGGGCUACGUGGAAUGAUAAAUCUCGCUGUAGGAGUCCAGGAACGGAGAUGAAGAAGUGGAAAUGGCGACAGGAUCGUCGAAAGACGUGGUACAGAGGAAAUCGACAGAGACCAUCCAGCGACGAACAGUGGUAGCCAUGGAGGACUAUAAUGAUGCUGGGCCGUCUCACAGAGCAUCUCAGAGGGAACAUGAUAACCAAACUGCCUCAGCUUCUUCAACCUCAGCCUCUUCUUCCUCCUCUAAAUCCGACAGCGGAGUACCAGAGCUGCCCGGUUUCUACUUUGACCCUGAGAAGAACCGCUACUUCCGUCUGCUUCCUGGACACAAUAACUGCAACCCGCUGACCAGAGAGCAGCUGCAAGAAAAGGAACGGGAAAAGCAGAGACAUAAGAGACUGGCAGAAGAUGAGUGUGCUAAAGCCCCAAGAACUGGACUGAACACGUCGUUGUUGCUGCACAAAAGGCAUCUUGGGCUGUUACCCGGGAACUCCUAUUGCAGGCUUGUCCACGAGGUAAAAGUCAGCGGAAUGAGGCGCCACAAGCUGCAGAUUCAGAGCACAGACAACAGCAACCCAAACACAGACAACUUCAGGAUCAUCGUGGGGGAUUCUGUGUGUGAGCGAGUGUUCACCGUCAACGACGUCUCUCACGGUGGCUGCAAGUACGGCAUUAUGAACUUCAGCAGCGGCAGCCGGGGCUCUUUGUCCGUGGAAAUGUGCGAUAAUCUGUACUUCACCAACCGCAAGGUGGUGAACUCCAUCUGCUGGGCCUCGGUUAACUACCCCGACUCUCAUGUUCUGUUGUGUCUGGUGGGAGCGGCUGACACCCCCGGCUGUGUUAGUUUACUCCCCGCGUCGCUCUUCAGCAACUCUAACCCAGAUCAACCAGGGAUGCUGUGUAGCUUCAAGAUAUCUACAGCUUGGUCCUGCGCUUGGUGCUUCAACCCUCAGUUUGAUAAGACCUUCAGCACUGGCCUGACUCGUCGGGUCAUCAUCAAGGAUGCGGAGACGGGACGGACGCAGACGUACGGCGUCGGCACCGACGUCUUGGCACAGCAUUUUGCUCUCAGGGUUCCGGUCCUGUUUAACGGCUGCCGAUCGGGGGAGAUUUUCAGCAUAGACCUCCGGCAGCGUGGCCGCAGGGAUCACAGCUGGAAGGCCAGUCGCUUCCACCACGAGUCAGCCAUCACCUCCGUACGAGUCCUGCAGGAUGAGAACUACCUGCUGGCGGCGGACAUGCUGGGUCAGAUCAAGAUGUGGGAUGUACGAGUUAGGAAGCCUGUGCUGGAGUACAAAGGGCAUCACAACGAGCACGCCUACCUCCCCGUUCAUGUCAAUGAACAUGAAGGUCUUUUGUUAGCAGUGGGCCAAGACUGCUACACAAGGCUGUGGAGCCUGAAGGAUGGUCACCUGUUGAGGACCAUCCCGUCGCCCCAUCCAGCGGCCAACGACAUGAUCCCAAGUGUCGUCUUCUCCUCGAAUUUGGGCGGCAGCAGGGGGCUCCCCGGAUUGCUCAUGGCCGUCAAGCAUGACCUGUACUACUUCCCAUACAACACCGACUACCAGGACGGAGGAGAGCCCAUCGCUUUAAUUCAGACGAUGCCAUAAAAAUGGUCCCUUUAAAUAAAUGUCCUGAAGCUGUAGUAACAUUGUCCAGGAGACCGAAUGUAGUUCUGGGUUUAGCGGAAAGUCGAACGCAACCAGAGAACGUCCUCGACUGUCGACCGGAGCUGGGUUUGGGUGACGCACUUUACAAGUUUACCGUUAAAUAUCCAAUGUACACUUAAGAGAAGUGAUGCUGUGUGUGGACGUUUGGCUGGAUCGUCUCUUGGUGUUAGGAGGAAACGGAGCCACGAGAGCUUAAACAUUGUUUACUUUUCUUACAACUUCUCUUGAAAACUUUUCCAUAAUUUUGUUACAUUACAACCAGACGUUCCUGAGUUUUAUUGGGAUGACUGCCCAACGCAAAGUAGCGUACACUUGAAAAAUUGAGGAAGGACUGCUUAGUUUAAAAAAAAUUCUACAAGCACAAAUCUGAAAAGUGUGGCACGGAUUCCUAUUCAACCUCCAUUAAUAACUUAGACCCACCUCUUGUUGCAUGUGUUUUGCAAAAUGGCUCAAAUUCAUCCAGUCUGGACGGGGAGCAUCAAUUUUAAAGUUUUGCCACAAAUUCUUAAUUGGAUUUAGUUUAUGACUUUGACUAGGCCAUCAUUUUGACAAGCUUUCAUCUAGACUUUUCUGUUGUAACUCUCAUUGUGUUUGUAGGGUUGUUUUUCCCCGCUGGAAAGCCGACCUCUUCUCUAACCGGGUUCACCAGAGCAUGAUGCUGGGUCCGCUGUGUGCGUUUGCUUUUAUUUUCCACACAGGACAGAAUAUUCUAAUUUGUUUUCAUCUGACCAGAGCUGGUUCUUAUAAACGGACUACGCUCCAGCCUCGCCUGAAUCGUCUGUCUUUAAAAAGUUCUUCAAACCACAACCCUGGACAAAGCAACAUGAUCUCAGUGGUGUUUAAAAUCUCAGGGGGAAACAUUGUUUUUGAAAAUGCGAUUGUGCCAAAAUAAAGUGCUGCAUCAUUCAGCAAGUGCAUUUACUCAA